CGGAGAAGCAACCCCCGAUGCGGCUCACCGUUAGCUCUCAGUGUCAGCGCUUCCGCCGUUGCGUUCACGUGCCGCCUCUCGAUCCAAACGCGAGCAUCAUCCACGCUACUCAUCGCUUCUCUCUUUCGUUCCUCCCCUAUAUAAGGUCUCGAUUCUCCUCUCCGUACCACACACACACACACCGUUGUGCUUGCAAGCUCAACAUGGAAAUGGACCUUCUGUGGCUUGGCGCAGGCUGACCGAUUCCCGGACGAACUACUUGUUACGCUUCGACUGCGGCGCUAGUCGAGACACCGUUUAUUCGUAUCUGCCCCAUGUGAACCAGGAGGCUCUUUUCCGGGAAAAUCUUCCGCGCGCAGGAGAAGUCGAUUUCACCGAGUGCGCGAGAGUUUUCGGAAGCCCGCCGUCGCGCGGAUAUUUACGUCAGAGGCUGGGGAUCCUGAAAAUUUGACGAGCCCUGCAUACGCGUACGUAAUAUACACAUACACCCGCAUGGACUUCGAUGGGCGGAUGUCCAUGGAAUUUUUCAUGGCUCCCGGGCUGAUGUAGCGCGAGUGAAGUGAAAAUAGCCGAGGAACCGAAUCGCUUGGAUCUUUUGACGUGAUUUAUUCAACGCGUUUCUUUCUUUAUUUCUCGAGUUUCUCUCGUCUCGCGCUGAAGAGAGGAUAUUGUGUGCUUUCGCUUGUGAGUUAUAAAUUUAGUGGCAGGAUUCCUUCUGGGAAGAGAGAGAGAGAGAGAGAGAGAGAGAGAGAGAGAGGAGCUGGUCCCGUAGUUACACUGCACUCGAAGCUUUAUUAAGUAAGUGUGCCGCGUACAAACUGCACAGUAUAUACCGCAUCAGCGCACAGACUCGAGCGGCGGAGUACAAGGAAUGGCUGCAGCCACCUCGACUGCUGCUGCAUCGGUAGGAUGAGAGUCUGAGUCUCGCGACCUUGGAGGCCGAGCGUCAUCUCGAGAGAAGCUUGCCGCAGAGAACUGCGCGCGUAUCGAGAGACGUUCGGACGUGUGGUAUGGAGAGGGAGAAGACAGCCGGAUGCUGCUGCUGAGCCACGGGGACGUCGUGCACGCGGUCUGGCGAAGGCCGCCGCCGCCGCGGCACUGACGGCUACUGCAGCUGUCAGUCGUCAGAGAGGAUAAGGGCCGCGACAGCACCAGAGUGUGGCGAAGGAGACGCGGUCCACUUCCGGUCCGCCGACCUGGCGGCAUGGUCCUUUGGGCCACUAUACUCAUCCUCCAAGGAGCUAGCCUCGUGGGUUCUUCGACAGGAAUCCCCGGCGUUCCCGAGAAUAUAACUGUCAUGUUCCUGAAUCCGACGUCGGUGCGCGUCUCCUGGAGCACUAGCCAGGUCGAGCAGGUGGAGAAGUACGAUGUCACGUACAAACCCACGGAUGCCAGGAGUCAUAAUAGCAGUUACAGGGUGGUGGCGGUGGUCGCGGGUAACAGCGAAGCGGUCACCCUGAGCAAUUUGCGCGCCGACACGCAAUACCAGCUGGUCGUCACUGCCGUGAAAAGCGGCAAGAAACUUCGGAGUCGACCGAUCGUCUUCCGUACACUUGAACCUCCAAGGACAUCUCCACAACAAGACUCAGCCGUAACCGGUGGCCCUCUUCCCCCUCCUCCUCCGUCGUCGGCGCAUCAACCUCAAACCUACAUCCAAAUACGAGGCGUCGAAGUCGGCAUAGUCGUCCUGGUGCUGAUCGUGUGGGUCGGCGCGAUAGCAUUGUUCUUCAAUCGCUGGGGUAAGAUCCGCAUGCUGCUGCCAUAUCAACCAGACUAUAAGGAGCAGCUCAAGGUCCCUGGCACUGGCGUCUGCGCCUCCGCGAAUGCCGCCUACACUCACAGCUCGUCGCAGCACGCCUGCUCCCAGGUCACUCCUCGGGUUACGAAUAUUGUCGCACGCAGUAGGACACACUCCUCGCAGGGCGCAGCGCUGCUGCACUCCGAAAUCAACGCCCAGCAGCAUCUGCACUGGUCGAACCAUCACGUGGACUCCGUCGAUAGCGGCGGCGGUGGCAUUAACUGGCCAAAGACCACCAGACCGCGCGUUAACAGCGCCAUCGACGUAGCCGGCUUCCUGUCCCAGGAAUUCCUGCGGAGACAUGGCUCCACAUCGCGGCUCUGCCGCAAGGUUCGCAGUGCAGAUAAUCUGCCGCUGGCCUCGAGCAACCGGCAGAAUUCAGAUCCGCGAGAGGACGGAAGCACAGACGGCGACCGGGAGACUUUCCUCAAGUCGAACCAGGAUGACAGCGAGAAGAGCGAUGACACCGACACGAGACAGAACAGCCUCGACAACCCCAAGAACGAGCCGUCGCUCAUCGACUCCAGCUCCAUUCAGCAUCAGUCAUCCAGGGACCUGACGAUCUGCGGUACAGCGUCGGGUUCGCUGGGCUCGAGCGGCGGACCAGUGGUAUCGGCGACGGCGGCGAUACUGGCCGGGCCGAUACCCCAGCCUAUGCCGAGCGUCGCCGUCUCGUCGCAGCCCCAGUCGUCGUACGCAGCGAGACGAUUCGCCGGCUGGAGGGCCCAGGCCCAGGCUGGACGCGAGUACGCGCGCUGCCCUGUCAGGCAACCGGCUUCCGUCGAGGAGAGAAAUCCCGCACACGAAUGUCCGUGCAGGUGUUACAGGCGGUCCUGCGAGUUGUCGGAUCAGUCGGCUCGCUGCUCGUUACCGGGGGGCAGCACGAGGCCGCUCGUCCAUCACCAUCACCACCACCACCACCACAAGGCGCCGACGGUAACGACGCCGGUGACGGCCGCCACGACGACGACGGGCGUCCUCGAGAGCACGAGGCACACGCGGAGCUGCGAGUACGCGCGUCGCACCACCGAACCCGAGCUCAACCAGCAGCAGCAGCAGCAGCAACACUUCGGUCUACCGAUACUCAGCGUCUCGGAGCCCAGCCCACCCGACGAGGUCGACCGGGCUGACGACUACUUGUAGGGCUUGCUCGCCGAGGGCUCCACCAGCUCCCCGCCAUCGUCCCCCUCCCACGCACCCUUUGCCAAGGAGCUCCUCGUCUAGCUCGCCCGCUACAUGCAGCCUACUGCCCCCUCGGCUUCUCUUGACGUCUCUCUUCUUGUGUAUCUGUAAUUGCAUGUUCGGUUUCUCGGCUGCGAUGCACGGUACUUGACCAACCAGGACUAUGUAAUAAGUACCGAGUGCGUUGUUCAAGGGGCCGAGAAAUGAAGGGAGAGAGAAAGAGAGAGAGAGAAUGAGAGACUGCCUCGGAACUGGACUGUGCGUGCGAGCGUUGUGCUGCGUUGCGUUAUAGGCAUGUACCUAUAUAGCGAUAUAAUAUACUGUCACCGAAUUAUUAUAUGAACGAGGCAUCGAAUUUAGACUUAUCGCUCUUAUUCCAGAUUCUAUAUUAUAUACUACUAAUUAUACGUGCUCUGCAGUACUGGUCUUAUUUUUAUACGUAUGAACGGUUAUCUUCUCUAUACAUUGUAGAAACACGUGUGUUCUCGGGUCUCGAGUAUAUAGGUAUAGGUUCGCGCUAAUUCGACACGUUGUUAUGUCCAGUAAUGCGCCCUUUUAGUUUUCUAUACCUAGACUAUAAAUUGAAACUAAAUUGAUCAAGUGCACGUUGGUAUGGUUUGACGCGAGGUUUUCCUGAAUUGUAUUAUUUGUACAGAUUUCAAUAGCAUGUCAUAAGCAUCGUGAGACCAGUCAAUAUAAUCACGUAAAAGGCGUUUUUUCUAAUAUCACUUGGUGUACAUACAACUAUGGAAAUACACAAGUGGAACAACUGUCAUCCCAUACACACGAUACAUCGUAUUAUACAUUUGCGACAGCAGCGCAUAUACUACAGGAAUAUAAAAAAAAGGUUCUGACCUAUCUAAAAACCUCUAUCCACUAUCGAAGAGGAAGUACCUAUACGAUAAUUUAAUCGCUAUUUUUUACGACGUGUAUAAAAGGAACGGAAUAUCUGAAAGCGCAUAAAUUCCGCGUAGAGCAAUUCACAUUACACGCGGGGCGGAGAAAGUGAAACAACACAAAGGCUCGCGCGCGCGAUUGUCUUAUCAAGUCGUCGCUCUUCAGUAUACAUAACAAACGAGGCAAGAGAUAAGCGCGACAAUUAAUAGACACGACGCGGCUGACUGGCCCUCGACUAUGUAUACUACUGGUGCAGCAGUCGACGCUCCGCAAAAACGGCUCCGGCACGCGUACGCAGAACCUACAAAACCGUCCGACUAUAUCCUUAUCAGUGGACGAGGCGAGAGGGAGCCUUGUUCUCUAAUUGUAUCACGACGCGGGGAUAUGGUUUUAUAUUUAAUUAUAUGGCGCUGACCUAUAUUUCGUCGGGGGUUCAAUGGAACGAGUCGACGUUGGUCAGACAUUGAUAUUAUUGAUACGGGUGCGUUAGAGCGAUCGGCUGUAUUUCCAAAUUUUAAUAAUAGUAACAAACAAUUGAUUGGCUAAAACGAAUCGACGCAAUUACACAAGGAGGCUCCCGACUCUAUCGUGCCCCCAUCGGUUCGUCUGUACAUAUACCUAUACAUAGUAUCUUAUAAUAUACACUAAUACACACAAUUUGUAUAUAAUAGUUAUAUAUUAAACGAAUUAAAGACCUGUAACGAUAAAUAAAAGAAAAAACUAUAUAAGCUAUAUAUAUAUAUAUACACCAUAUAAAGAUACAUCUAUAUAAAAAUCUCUAAGUUGAUAGCGAGUGCGAUCGCGCCUAUAAUAUACCCUUAAACGUCUAUAUAAUUUUGUCCAGCGCGCUGAAGGGUGUACCAUUCGCACAUACAUUCGUACAAUAUAUGCAAAUGAUACAUCCUCCUUCGCGCGCGUAUAAACAUAUACCUUUCGUGCCGUCGCGCGUACACGCAUAACAGCGGGGGCGAAAUAUACAGCAAAUUCUGGGAACAAUGGAAAAAAAAUACAACGUACGGUUUCUGCGGUAAAUAGCUCGAGGAUAUCUGGGGUUACGCGAACUCUCGGCUCUCCAUGUACACGUCCGCGUAUACAUGUACAACAUACGGACACAUGUACACACACGUCUAUAUGGAAUUUCGAGGGCUGCGCAGAGUAUACGAAGCAAAAACCUCGGCUCUCUCUGUAUACGGUAUACAGCUCGCGCUCGGUAGAGCACACGGCAAGUGAUUUAACGCACGGCUGAGAGAGAGAGAGAGAGAGAGAGAGAGAGAGAGAGAGGGCUGUCUGCGGCGCGCACUUUUUGCGGAAAACAUUCCUGACCAAGUCUAGGCAACGGACGUUUUCAAGCCGAUACCUCGUAUCGCUCGCUGGGUGUCAUUUGUUUUCGUCGUUGUGAAAUUUUUCGAGAUUUGUAGUUCGCAAACGAUAUCGAAUAUCGUAUGUUAUUAAAGCGUGAAACGAUAAUUGGCCUUAUUUAUCGUCGUCCGAGACGUUCUUCGCGAUUACCGUAAUUUGCUCUAAUCGGUCGGUAAAUUUCAGUUGGCAACAGAUUGCCCUGCACGAUGGAACCCGAAGCGAGAUGGUAUCACAAGCGCUUGGAAACGUACGAGCAACGGAAGCGAUCGAAAUCGCGUGCUCGCGAAACUUUCGAGACUUUUCCGCGCGAAAUGCGCGCGACAGAGAAAAAAUUUUAAAAUAUAAUAGUACACCUUUCCAACUUUUAUUCUAUAUACGGCUCUUUUUCAAUUUUUCAAGAUUUAUGAUUAUCUGCCAUAUAACGACGAACUUGCACCGGUGUCAACUGUCAAUUACUCGUAAAGUUUAUUGAAAAUGAAUUUCAGAGCUAUGAGCUAAUAAUAAUAACGUAGUGAAGCUCGAAGUAGAGCAUAAUAGUGUAUAGCAAGACGUUUUAAUUGCAAAUGAUAAACUCUCGCAGAAACGGACCCCAGAUUCCUCCAGCAGGCUCUCAUAGCCUAAAUAUACGCGGCUAUACCGACGUUAUAGCAUAUAUUUACAUAAUAAAUACACAUACAGCGAAUACGGCGAAUCAUGUAACGCUCAUUUGCCGGCUCGAGCAGAAAUUUCCUCUGGACUUGCAUUGUGUGCUCGUAACCUGUAGAGAAUAAACCUUAGCUGUGUUUACACAAUCUCGCGCUCGCUUUAGGCGGCUAAAAUUAUGCACUCAGCCUUUUCGUUCCGUUUUUGUAGUAUCCUUUGAUUACCAUUGCCCUCUGUUUAUAUAUGUAUAACUUUUAUAAGAGACGUAUUUUUGUAUAUUCAUAGAAAAUUGCAGGUGAACUCGAGGUGAGAAAAAUUUGAAUUCGAUGCGCGCGAAAACAAUACACGGCCGAUUGAAUUUCUGCUUCGGCGCGGCUUUGUAAGAGAGGGGCACCGAGUGUACACUCGGCGGUGUAUAAGCGCAGAAGACGAAUGCGGCGUUACAUGCAUUCCUCGCAUAUGUAAAGAAAAUCGAAUCGAUAGCGUAACCUUAACUCUCUUUCACGUAUGUGUGGCAUCUCGCAUUCCACAGCUCAUUGAUCCGUGUACCUAUCCCCAGCCCACUCACCUGGCGUUAUCGUCUCUGCACUGUGUGCGGGGAAGAAUAAUCUGAGCUUUCGAGGAUUGUUUUCGUCUAUACAGUGCAAAGUCCGAUACGCUACCCAUAUAAUAUUCAGGAAUAAUGCCUCGAUUGGAAUGGAGAGGAGUAAUUAGAAAAUGUGUGCAUGGCUCGUGUUUUAGAGAACGAGAUAAAAUACAGUUGAUAUAUUUUUAUUAUAAACACGAUGGAAAAGAGAGAAGUCCCUUUGACAAGGUAUCAAGCACAUGUACAUAAAAUAACAGCGAUCGAUCUCUUUCAUCUCGCGUACAGUCGUACGCUACAUGCAUGAACGCUUUCAUUCUCCAUUAACUUUGACUUUUGUUUUUCAAUUGCCAGGAAAACGUCAAAGCGUUACAGUGAAUUUCUUCAGCCUCCGGCAUGAAAAGAGAAUCAAACGUGUGCAAACCGGUAAAUUACUUUUUCCCGACGUUUUAAAAUACUCGCAAGUGUAUGCACUGAGAUCCUUAAAAAUUCUUUUAGUUCCUUUGUAACAUCUUUCUGUCACACGUAUAAACUUGUAAAUUUUCAUAUACAUUUUUUUCUAUACUUUCAUAUCAUAACAUCUAUACGCUGGGUGACUUAUCAUCAAAAACACAACUCAAUUAUUCGACGAAGUCAUAAAUACCGUACAUACAUCAUAGCUGUUAAGAUAGAUACAUUGCGUUAUAAUACGCGGAAAAAAUAAUAACAAGCUAAUAUACAAUACCGUGUGUCCUAAAGAAGAUAUGCAAGUGGCAUAUACAGUAUAAUUUUUUACCAAUUCAGAAGACCGUAUUGGGAACUGAGAUUUGAUUUCUUGAUUUCUUAUUGUUGUUUAAGAAAUACUAUCUCUAGUAAGUAUAAUGAUAUUUUUCGAAAAAUCUGUAAGAUUUUUCCAUGAUGCAAAAUCGCCGAUUACUAUUCUCAAUAAGCUCAAUUUCUAAGGAUAGCUUAAAACUAAGACGCUAAAAACUGAUAUUAUAGUCGAGAGAAGCAAUAUUUGAUUUCAAACGGGGUCAUAAAAUGAAAACAUCCGAGAUUUAAAAAAUUAUAAAAUAGUCCAGUCGUGUAUAAUUAUUACGUGUACUCCAAAAAAAAUGGCGUAAGAGAUACGUCGUAGAAAAUGAAAAUUUCAUCAUAUCAUAAUUUUAUAUGUGCUAUCAUCGACCAAUCCGUCAAGUAUAAAUUAUUAUUAUACAUAUGGAAUCGUAUACAAAAUUAUUGAUUAAGUUUUAAUACUCGAACGAUUUAUAAGACUUUACGAAUUAAUAAAUGCUCAUAUCUUUAUAUAGAAUAUAAAGUAGCGUGUAACAUAACGUGUUUUCGACUUUCUUGACUAUAAAUAUAUUUACAACGAAGUCCAUUGAGUAUACAUCAGUGUAGGAAUUAUGUCGAUGUAUAGACGUGUCUUUCAAUUACCGACGUAGAUAGAUCAACGUCCAGAGAAAUAAAUAUUAUAUACGAGAUUACAAAAUAGAAAACAGAGUACAUUGAUGUAAAACUACGUGAGACCUUCUCUAUUGAUACAAGGUGUCUCAUUGUAAGAUUAAACUUAUAUAAUUCAAUAAAACUAUUUCAAUUUUUACAAAAUGUACAACAAUAUCUCCUUUUAAGAAAUAAAAUGUAGCAAUACGAAAAUUAUGAAAAGGAUAUUUUUUGAGUAACCGAACCAAUAUACAUCACGAUUUAUUUUUUAUUUCAAUACCGUAAUUCUAAAAUAUUUUACAUAUGUAAGUGUAACUGUAAUGAGAUUUACAUCAAUGAACUUAUAUCCAUUUGAAUAUACCAAACCGUACUGUAAUGACAUAGUAUAAAUUUCGUGAAUUACAAGUUAAACUAUUAAAUGAUGCCUCAAAUAUAUGAAUAAAAGAAAAUAAAUAAACCAUCAUUGUGAAUGUUAAUUGUAGUAUCAAUUAUAUAUGAGACGCAAAGAUUAAAGAUCUCUAAAAGUUAUUUGGAGUUUAGAAUUAAAUACAAUUUUGAAAUAGUAAAGAUAAUAGCAUAAAGUAUUUAGUGUUCCUCACAUUAUAUAAAUAAAUAUAUGACGUUGAUCUCAAUGUCCGUUUACUGAUAAAAUUAUAUUGGUAUAAAAUUAAUGAUAAAAUGACUUUAAUACAGUGUAAAUUCCAAUGACGCUAGCAAGAAAAUUAAGAUGUUAUUGAAUUAUAAAUAUAACUUCAAUAUCUAUAACAUUGAAAAUAAUAGAAAACAGAUAAACGAUUUCGCACAACAAAAAAGGAUUCAAUAUUUAUGAAAUGUACACAAUACGGACGAUAUAAGAUAAAUUGAAUAAAAAAAGGAUCUAUUUUCUCAAAUAAAUAUGUCGUGAGACAGUUAUUGUUGUAUAAUUUGUAACAUCAAACAGAUGAUUCGAUGAAAUUCCGGUGCUCGAGCAGCAUUAUAGAGAUGUUAGAUAUAGUUAUAUUGGACGGAAUCGAUUAAUUAUUUAUGAACCGACCACCGAAUGCGCAGAGGACCAAUAACUGUCUGGUUUGCUCUGCGUAUAAUAUAGAAUAAAUUCAUGUGAAAUACGCGCAUCUAUACACACGCGCCAAAUUAAGCAAAUUGGGUUUGACAGUAGAUACAUACGUGUAACGUAUUAUACGUAUAUUUCAUAAUAAAUACGGCUAUAAAAGAGAACACUAUAGUACUUGGAUCGACGUUCAUAUAUUUAUGUAAAUUACGAAUUACAUAAUGUUAUUAUUUGUAACAAUGUUGGAACACAUCGCUAAUGCUUAAUUCUUAUAUCGACGUUUUCUAUCAAUAUUUCAUAAAAAUGGAAGCCAGACAUAAUUCUUUACGGUAUUUUAUAGACUAAAGACGUCAAAAACUUUAUGCUUUAAUAAUCGAUCUAUGUAUCAAGUAGAACCUUCAAGUAAUCAAACUUUUUCAGAUUUUUUUUCAGUGAUGAAAAAUCACAAUUCGUAAAUUUAAAUUACAGCAAUUAAACGUUUUAACUUUGUACAUACGUUUUUUAGAACUAAAGUAAAAUUUCUAGCAAGAAGAAAACUUUUCAAAUAUUUCAACACUGAUACUUUCCAACGGGACCAAUGCUAUUAUGACGAUACGACACAAGUACGGGUUUUGUCUUUGAAAAUACUUAAGAAUUACGAAAUCUUAAUUAACGUGUGUAUAACCAACUAAAACAAUUCGGCUAAAGCAGCAAAUUCUAUACUCCUAUUCAGUGCGUCGUCUUUGUAAAGUCAAUACUCGCAUAAUAUAGUAAAAAACUAUGUAAUGAAAAUCAUUCAAAAGCAAGAACCAAAAACAAUAAAUUCUCAACAAACCCAAACGAACACCUUCUCAACAAUUCACGCAUCGACGUCUGCAAAGGGAGAAAGCUCUGAUUAGUAUCUGAUGUUCCACUUCGACUGGCAAUGAAAUGCAGGUAUAUAGAUAUAUCUCUCUCGUACAUGUCGUGCUUUCCUCGCUCGCUCGCGACGAAUAAAAGGGACGAAUGAAAGAUAACUAGUCAGAGCGCGUGGACUGAUAAAACUCGCAUACGACGAAAUAGCUCCGAUUCGGCAGUAUCGCGCAUUGCAUUCUGUGACGCGUGAAGCGAACCUUGUGCCACACACGCGGUGAAUCAAACGGCUUCACAUAUUGAUUGCGUUGGUCGGCGAUCAAUUAUUCAAGUGCGGCUAGUCAAUGAAACCCGACGUCGCUUAACUUGGGACGAGCGCGAAAAAGUCUCAAGGUCGACAUUGACUUAUCUCUCUCUAUCUAACUAUCUGAUGAGAAACGAAAACGAAGUCACCCGAUCGAUUUUUCUUUUUUUUAUCAUCAUAGAUAUGAUGCGUUUCUCUUUAUCAUCGUCAUCGGUGCAUAGAAACAUGCAGAAUCUUGUACAGAUGUAUGUACGUUCAAAUCAACGGAGAACUUGCUCUACGAAUAAAAGCUGCAUUUUAUUAUAAUUUGUAAAGAAACAUCUCCGAUGCAUCCUACUUUCGACAUGAGCAUAACACGAUUAUAGUUUGCCUAUUAUAAUAUGUACGUUUCUAAAAGAAAAAGAAAAUACUGCGAGAUCAUGUAAAUACACAGACUUGCCUUGCACUUAAAAUUCGACGCACGGUAAUUCGACGAAAUAAUCCGAUUACCAGACAAAACAACAACUAGCCUUAAAUCUUAGAAAUCUUUACCUUAUAUUAUAAAUUAUAUUUAUAGAACAGUGUGGCUAAAAUCCGCUGUUAAGUCACGCCUAUCUGUGACUAAAGCAGUCCUUUUUUGCACCGUGUUUAUCACACUGGCUACGCAUGGUGCAAAUAAGGACUACUUUAGUCACGAAUAGGCGAGACUUGCGGAUUUUAGCAGUCUGUGCUAUAAAAUUUUAUACGAUACUCUUGACUUAAGUGGUCCUUUUUUACACGGCGCUUAGCGCCCUCGCUGCGCUCGGGUGCUAACUGCGCCGUGUAAAAAAGAACCAUAAGUCACACGUAUCGUAAUGUACUAUAUGCGUACGAAAUCGUGUAAGUGUAGAUAUAGCUAUAUAACUUCCUUCGACGAAACUAGCCUUACCAGCCUUAUAAUUACAAUUCUUACGUAGCAGUUCUUUAGAUUACCGUUAUCUGCUUUUGUCCUGUAUAGUAGAGCAUCAACCCUUUGAAGCGUCGAUCGACUUGUGCCGACACACCACCUCUAUAUUAGUAAACGAUUAUAACUUUUAGCGAUACUCUAUUAGCUUGCACCAGGCGUUCUAGAUUUGUAUAAAUUAUCCAAGGCGACAUGCGCGUAAUUUUUGACUCAGACGAAAAAAGCACUCGCAUCAUCGCGCCUGUAUAUUAUUACCCUAUAUACGAAUUCUAAUUCUCAACUCCUUGUGUAUAAUUAACUGUAGCCUGCAAUUCCUAUAUGAAUUGUAUAAUUUAGAUGAAAUAAAAAUUGGAAGUAUAAUGCAUUUUGAUUACAUGUAACAUACGUAUGUCACUGUAAGGAAAAUGAGCCAACCUCAAUAUUAUUAUAUUGUCAUGAUUAAUUAAUUUAUGUCGCUGUAAAUCUCCUUGUAAUAGCUUGUAAGAUAUCCAUGUAUAAAGUAUGUGACAAGUCUCCUCCAUCUUCUUCUCUUUAUCUUUUUUGCUAUUGUUCAAUAACUCCUUUGUUUGUAUAACUGAACGAUCUAAACAAAUUACAUAUUAUGUAUAAAAAUGUUUAUGACAAAUACAAUAUUUCAAUUUUA